UGAUAUUCUGGGAUAUAGGGCUGUGUGGAAGGGCCCCCAGAAUAUCUGCUUUGAACUGGGUUAUCUGAGUCCACACGGCCAUAUAUCCCAGGUCCCUUUCUACACGGGCCCUAUAUCCCAGGAUCUGAUCCCAGGUUUUCUUCUUUCAACUCGAGUAUAUGAAUCUGCACUGGGAUAAACAGAAAACCUGGGAUUCGAUCCUGAGAUAUAGGACCUGUUUGGAAAAGCCCAAAGUUCAAAGCAGAUAUUGUGGAUGACCUGCCUUGAUAUUCUGUGUUAUAGGGCUGUGUGGAAGGGCCCCAAAACAGCAGGCGAGGCCACUUCCACGCAGCUAUCUACAAUGUACAUUGAAUGGGGUUAAAUGGCAGUGCAGAUUCAGAUUACCCAGUUCAAAGCAGAUAUUGGGCCCUUCCAGACAGGCCCAAUAUACCAGGCUCUGAUCCCAGGUUUUCUGCUUUAAACCGGAUUAUAUGAAUCAGCACUGGGAUAAACAGAAAACAUGGGAUCAAUGUAUUGUUGAAGGUUUUCAGGAAGAAAUGCAUCAGGAACAUGGCCAUACAAAAAACUCACAGGAACCCAACCUGGGAUCAGAUCCUAGGAUAUAGCACCUAUCUGGAAGGGCCCAUUGUGGAUUAUCUGCCUUGAUAUUCUGGGUUAUAUGGCUGUGUGGAAGGGCCUUAAAUCUCUAGAGGAAACACCCACUUUGGUACCAUUUAAUAUAGGCCCCUUCUGCACUGCCCUAUAUUCCAGUCCUGACUUCUUGCCAGGUUGGGGGAACUUGUGACAAUGAAGCUGCCAAUGAAACUGCAUCCAUGGCAGCAGAAGCCCAGUUCAUGUUCUUACACUGCCAUAUAAAAUCCGGAUAAUCUCCUUUGAAGUGGAUUAUAUGAAAGUGUAGAUUCUCGUAAUCCAGUCCAAAGCAGAUAAUGUGGAUUAUCUGCUUUGAUAAUCUAGAUUAUUUGUCAGUGUAGAAUGGGCAUGGGCCCCAGCUGUUCUUUCAAGUCCUAAAUUGAAUGUCAUAAGGAGAGUGUUUCACCCCUUCCUUGUUGCUGGCUUGCCCAAGAAGGAGGGAAUUCCCACAAAUCUGCCUGAACAGUAGGGCUUCCCUGACACAUCUUUUUACCAUCGGGAGAGACAGCUACUUGAGGCAUCUGUUCCUUUCAGAAAUGUGCAGCAAGGGAAAAGGGAUGUCGCUUGCAGGGGGAUUUGUUGUGGGCCAGAGGGGGAAUCUGGAUGGUUUGAAUUUGACAGACCUCUUGCCUUAAUAGCUUUCAGAUGUUUAUAUCAGAGCUUCCCAGACUGUGUGCCUGGCAUGUCAACAGGUGUGUUGCAUGACUGUAGAGAGAAACCUCUGAAUUUAUGUGAAAUAAGCAAUAAUAUAUUUUAAUUAUAUAAAUGUAUGGUUUUCAUGAGAUAUUCUGUAUCCCCAUAGAUUUUAUUAUUGCAGUGUAUUUAUUUAUUUAUUUAUUUUCAUUAUUUCUAUCCCGCCCUUCUCACCCGAAGGGACUCAGGGCGGCUCACAAUCUGGCAAAAUUCAAUGCCAAUAUACAGUACAAAAAGAUAAAACAUAAGCAAUUAAAACAAUUAGGUAAUUUCACAAAAUACAAGAAAUAGAUUUAAAACCAUACAUUAUAAAAUACUUGAACCAUUCGUCCACAACACCUUAUACAUAAACCUUAAUCCGGACCGAGUCGAGCCAACAGAAUUCACUCAUCAAACGCCUGCUCACAAAGCCAAGUCUUUACUUUUUUCCUAAAACUCAGAAGGGAUGGAGCCUGCCAGAUAUCACUGGGAAGGGAGUUCCACAGCCGAGGAGCCACCACUGAGAAGGCCCUAUCUCUCUUCCCCACCAGCCGCACUUGUGAGGCAGGUGGGACUGAGAGCAGGGCCUCUCCAGAUGAUCUUAAAGUUCUCACAGGCUCAUAGGAGGAGAUACGUUCAGACAGUGAAGAAGAGAAUCAGUAUGUCUUCUGUCCCUGCUUCACAUGCUCCUUCCAAGCUAACGGUGGCAUCACAAGUUCCUUUUGGAGAUCUUUGUUCAACUUUAGAACGGAUGCAAAAAGGCAAAUCUCGACAAGAGAAAACAAAAUAUUUCAAAGAAUUUUUAGACUCCUGGAGGAAAUUUCAUGAUGCUCUUCAUAAAAAUGAGAAGGAUGUAACAGAUUCCUUUUAUCCUGCAAUGAGACUUAUUCUUCCCCAGUUGGAAAGAGAGAGGAUGGCUUAUGGAAUUAAAGAAACAAUGCUUGCUAAGCUAUAUAUUGAACUUCUAAAUUUACCCAAAGAUGGAAAAGAUGCUUUAAAACUUCUGAAUUACCGAACACCUACUGGUUCACGAGGAGAUGCUGGAGACUUUGCUAUGAUUGCCUAUUUUGUGCUGAAGCCAAGAUGUCCCAAGCAAGGUCAGCUGACCAUACAACAGGUGAAUGAUCUUUUAGAUUCUGUGUCUACCAAUAAUGCUGCUAAAAGAAAAGAUCUGGUGAAAAAGUGUCUUCUGCAGUUAAUAACUCAGAGCUCAGCACUUGAACAGAAAUGGUUGAUCAGAAUGAUCAUAAAGGAUUUGAAACUUGGGGUUAGCCAGCAAACUAUAUUUUCUAUAUUCCAUCCUGAUGCUACCGAAUUGCACAAUGUUACCACUGAUUUGGAAAAGGUUUGUAGGCAGUUGCACCACCCUUCUGUCUUCCUUAGUGAUGUUUCUAUUACAUUAUUUUCUGCCUUUAAGCCAAUGCUUGCUGCUAUUGCUAACAUACAGCAGAUUGAAAAACAAAUGAACAACCAGAGUUUCUACAUAGAAACCAAAUUAGAUGGUGAACGGAUGCAGAUGCACAAAGAUGGAGAUGUUUACAAAUAUUUUUCCCGAAAUGGAUUUGAUUACACUCAGCAAUUUGGUGCGUCUCCGCUUGAAGGCUCAUUGACUCCGUUCAUCCAUAAUGUUUUUGAAAACAAUGUUCAGAACUGCAUUUUAGAUGGUGAAAUGAUGGCCUACAAUCCCAUUACGCAGACCUUCAUGCAAAAGGGAAACAAAUUUGAUAUCAAAAGGAUGGUUGAUGAUUCUGAACUACAGACAUGCUUCUGUGUCUUUGAUGUUCUAAUGAUCAAUGAUCAAAAGUUGGGCCAUGAGAUACUGAGCAAAAGAUAUGAAGUAUUAAAUAAGAUCUUUACACCAAUACCAGGUAGAAUACAGGUGGUUUCUAAAACCCAAGCAAACACUCGGAAAGAAGUAGUAGAUGCUCUAAAUGAGGCAAUAGAUAACAGGGAAGAAGGCAUUGUGGUGAAAGACCCCAUGUCAGCUUACAAGCCAGAUAAACGUGGAGAAGGAUGGCUGAAGAUCAAACCAGAGUAUGUUAACGGAUUGAUGGAUGAACUUGACCUCUUAGUUGUUGGGGGUUACUGGGGAAAAGGUCUUCGUGGUGGUAUGAUGUCCCAUUUUUUAUGUGCUGUUGCCGAAACUCCGCCACCUGGUGAAAAACCAUCUGUAUUCCAUUCCAUUUGUCGUGUUGGUUCAGGUUACACUAUGAAAGAGCUGUAUGAUCUUGGCUUAAAAUUAGCUAAAUAUUGGAAGCCAUAUCGUAAAAGGGAUCCUCCCUGUAGUAUCCUAUGUGGAACAGAGAAACCUGAAGUCUAUAUUGAACCUUGUAAUUCAGUCAUUGUUCAGAUUAAAGCAGCUGAGAUUGUCAAUAGUGAUAUGUACAAAACAGAGUGUACUUUACGUUUCCCUCGCAUUGAGAAAAUAAGAGAAGAUAAAGAAUGGCAUGAAUGUAUGACACUUGACCUUCUCGAACAACUCAGAGGCAAAGCUUCUGGGAAGCUAGCAACUAAGCACCUUGAUAUAAGUGAUAAUGAGCCACAAGAAAAGAAACGCAAAACUGUGCCAAAGGUUAAAAAGAAACUUGACUUAAUGGACCACUUCAAAGCCCCUGAUCUUUCCAGUGUAAGCAAAGUUUCCAGUAUGUUUCAAGAGGUUGAGUUCUGUGUUAUGAGCGGGACAGAAAGCUAUACAAAAUAUGAACUAGAAAGCAAAAUAGCAGAAUUUGGUGGCAGCAUAGUACAAAAUCCGGGGCCGGACACUUACUGCGUUGUUGCAGGAACUGAGAAUGUUAGAGUGAAAAAUAUUAUUUCUUCCAAUAAGCAUGAUGUUGUGAGAGCAGAAUGGCUUGUACAGUGUUUUCAAACCAAACAGUUUGUGCCUUGGCAGCCUGCUUUCAUAAUUCACAUGUCUCCAGAAACCAAACAACACUUUGCCCGUGAGUAUGAUUGCUAUGGUGAUAGUUACACUGCUGAUGUCGGUGUGGCCCAGUUAAAGGAGGUCUUCUCAAGAAUGAAUGACUUGGAGGAAAAGGUUUCAUGGGAAGUGAUUGCUGACAUAGAAGCACGUUAUUUAUGGGACAACUCUGGGCUGUGUUUGUUUAGGCAGUGCACCGUUUACCUGGAUCCUUCUGCUGAAGUGAGCAAUUCUGGUGCCAAGAUCACUCAGACCAGACUGUUAACUAGGGCACUGACCCUUCGCUUUCAUGGAGCAAAAGUUGUCCCGCAGCUUGAGGAGGGUGUCUCCCAUGUCAUCAGUAAAGAUGGUGCUGAUUUGACAAGGAUAAAGACAAUCAGAAGAACAUUUGAAAGAAAAUUUAAAAUAGUGUCUGAGCAGUGGGUAAAAGAUUCCAUAAAAGCUGGGAAGCUGCAAAAUGAUAAUAGUUACUUAAUUUAAAUGAUGUUAAUUAAAAGAGAUACUUGCUUACCUUUUUAUAUAUCUAUUUGAAAUAAAUUUGCCACACCCUCAUUCAUUCUUCUGUGCCCUUUUGCAGUUUAAAGGUAAUGUUCGGAAUGGCACAGGCAUACCCUUGAAAAAUAGGAUGGGUUUUAAAAACUUUCUCUCUGCUUUGUGUAGUUAUAUAUUUUAAGGGAAAUCUAGAUGUUUUACUCAGAACCCACUCUACAAAUGAGUUUAUGUAGAAUAUACUAACCAAAAGGAAUAGAUUGUCGCUAAAACCAAAAUCAGUGUUAUGAUUUAGCAAGUUUAUGAAUGAGGCUAUGGAUCAUUUUUUAAAAAAAUCAUAACUACUGAAAUACAUGGUCCCAUUCAUUUUUAAUUAUUUCUUGUGAUUACAUAACCUUUGAAUAAAUAAGGAAUUGUCCAUAUAAGAAAUAGUUAUCCAUUUUAAAACAAUGCUUCUGUAAUUACAUAUUUUAAGACUUGCCAAAUAAUCAGAAGUACAGUCUCUGUCAUACUUUAGGAAAUACUGAGGACUGUUGUCUUUAAAUAAAUCAGGCCAAUGUUGAUUUUAUGCAUGUUCAAAAAUACAAAAUAGGAACUUGAAAGAGUAUUUAGGUAUAAUUCCAUGGUUGUGAUAAUAAAACUAUGUUUAUUGUAUUGUAAAAGAGCAGCUGUUUGGACUUUAUAUAUGAAUUACAUUGUAUUUUAACAUUCUGUAUUGAUUUUUGCAGCCUUAGUGAAUUUAUUCCUGUAAUAUUGAUAUAAUGUUACACUUCAUGCUAUAGUUUUGAUUGCACCAAUAAAGCUAGUCUAACAAUGUUCUUUUCUGAGUUAGUUUGAACAAAGAAGAAUCGGAUUGUGCAUCAUUUCAGGCUUUGUAGAUUUUUAAAUAACUGCUAUUCAAUAGCUGGACAUUUAUGCAGGGGAGGGGAAUCAAUUGCUUGUGUUCUGUCUUCAUCUGCAUUUAAGUAAACUUUCUGAACUUAAUUAUACACGUUAACUUUUUUAUCCAAAGAUAUAUGAUUGUGUCUUACAAUAAAAAGUAUUUGCUAAGAAUAA